CAAGAUGUUUUAAAUACCCUCUGAAACAUGAACACUGACCGCUUUUUCUGGAAAAAAAAAUUUCUGUUUUGAAUAUCUUUUUCAAAUUGACUCUCUUCUGGGAUCUAACUUUAUUUAGGUAGAUGCUGCAGUUUGUUCUUGUUGUGGGUUGCUGCUGUUUCCUGUUAGAUGGUUCCUUUUGUGACUCCACCAAAUGAGUGGUGUAAAUUAUUUUGUCUAAACCGAAACCACAUUGAUGCUGUGUUGAGUAGACUUUGGAAUUGAUGCUGGAAGUGGUACAGCAAAUAAUCUUCCAUGGCAGACAAUACUCUUUCUGCAACUCCGGGAAGAAAAGACCAUGGGUUCUGAAUCAAAGCAAAGUUUCAUAGGAAGCUUUCUGCAGCCUCCAGAUAGAAUGUUUGUUCCUACCUUUGGUCAGAGCAAGUCAAAGAAGGUAACAGCUACCACUGGUGACAUGCUUCCUGCCUCAAACAGCCAAGCUCUGAUGUCAGCCCUCAAAACUCUUCAAGAAAAGAUCCGUCGUCUAGAGUUGGAGAGGUCGCAGGCUGAAGAUAACCUGAGCUGCCUUUCCAUUGAGGCUGCCCAGUAUAAAAAGACCUUGCAGCUUGAAACAAAUGUGAAAGAUAUAGCACAUGAGGAAUUGAUACAACAGAAAAAAGAUGUUAGUGUGCAGUUAAGUGCAGCACAAUCCCGCUGCUCCCUACUGGAGAAACAGCUGGAUUACAUGAGGAAAAUUGUUUUCAAUGCAGAGCUAGAAAAGAAUAUGGUUCUAGAGCAACAGACUCCGCUUCAAAAGGAAAAAGAUCAGAAUCAUAUGGAGCUCCAUGCAAAACUUGAAAAGCUUGAAAUCCUAGAAAAAGAGUGCUUCAGACUUAGCAAUACACAGAGAACUGCAGAAGACAAGAUCAAGCAACUGGAGGAAAAGCUUCGUGAAGAAGAGCAUCAGCGUAAGUUAAUACAAGAUAAAGCUGCUCAGCUUCAAACUGGACUUGAGAUCAAUAGAAUGUUAACGUCUUCAGUGUCCUCUCAAAACGAACCAACAAAGAAAAGCCGGAAAAAGAAAAUUGCAAAAAAAAAAUCUGCUCUGAAGAAAGUACAUCCUCCACAAUUUUGCCUAAAGGCUGGGAUGCUGCCUUUUGUGGCUGGGAAGUCUGCCAGCUCCAGCCAUUCUGUUAGUGCAAAUGUACAAAGUGUCUUACAUAUUAUGAAACAUCGUAGUCCAUGUGUCUUGUCACGGUGUGUAGAAGCAGAUGAACACAGGAUUUCUAGACGAACUACUGCUUGCAAAUCUGCAUCCUCUUGUUCCACAUCUUCUUCUGUCACUGAUAAUCUAUCUGACCUUUUGCUGGCGAUACAAGAUGAGCUAGGCCAAAUGAGCUUUGAACAUCAAGAACUCUUGAAGCAAAUACAAGAAACUCAAAACUGUGAAGUUCGUGAAGACCUAGAACGUGAAUUGGAUUGUCUUGUAAAGCAAAUGGAAAUUAAAGGGGAACAGAUAUCAAAGUUGAAAAAACACCAAGCUAGUGUCCACAAAUUAAAGCAAAAAGCUCAGAAAUUGAAGAGACAGUCAGCUCAUGUCCUACUAAAAUCUGAUGACCUAAAAGGAACAAGAGAGAUUCCAGUUACUCCAAGCAGAAGUGCAUCAAAAAACUGUCCUGUGCAGAAAAGCAAAAGCUCUCUUCAGCUGUUAAAAAAUGUGCAGAAACUUCAAUCAACGCUGAAAAAAGAUGAUAUCACGUGGGAACAAUAGUUUUACAUUUUAUCAUAUAGGUAGUGCCUCUUACUAAUAUGCCAAAAAAAAGUGUCUGACACUUCAUAGGUUUGGAUUUAACAAAUAUUAGACUGAAUUAAAAGUUUAAUAUUUCAUUUAUGCCAUGUCUACAUUUGCUAGUAAAUUUCAGUUGAAACUUUAGGUUUGGGUUGAACAAACUCACUUUCCCUGUAGAUAAACGUAUUUGUAAUAAAAUCUGUUUUAAC